ACGACGUCGUUUCACUCAUUAUAAGUGAAACGACGCCGUUUUAUAUACAUAUAUUAAGAAAAAUAUAUAAAUAAACUGAAUCGGCAGGUUCAGCAGUUUUCCAGGGAUUCAAACCGGCGUCGAACCGUCGAUAUCGGUUUUCCUUCAAUUCCUCUCGACCGCCAACCGAUUCUUUGCCGGUUCCGUGCUCCGGCGGUCGGUCUAAUCAGUUUACGGCCGGUUCCAGCGGUUCAUGUAUAGCCCUAGUUUGGAUAGUGAGAUGAGAUGUGAUAGUUUUGACCUUUUGGGAUUUGAUAAAAGGGAAUGUCUACGUUUCCAUCGUCUCAGUCCGAGUCAGACUCCAUUCCGUCUGGGCCAAACUUCGAUGUGAUAAUAGCCGUCUCUGUAGUGAUGAGCUUGUUAACACUAGCAGUUAUUGGCGGUAUUUCUUUGUAUAUUGCAAAGAAAUGUAAAAGAGAGCACUUGUCCCACUUCAUAACGGAUUUACAGACGAUAGUCGCUCCACCGGCCAACAACGUGCAGGUUCCUGUUUGGGAGGUUGAUGCACCAACAAUGGAGAAGUUCCUCCAAGAAGUGGCAAGAGAGAAGCCAGUUAGAUUCACAGCUCAGCAACUAUGCAAUUUCACAAAAGAUUAUUCCACAAUAUUGGGUGCUGGAGGCUUCGGGUUAGUGUACAAAGGACAGUUUCCUAAUGGGGUAGAGAUUGCAGUGAAGGUCCUGAAUAGAAGUCAAGCCAGAUCAACGGCCGAGGAUCAAUUCAUGGCAGAAGUGGGAACAAUUAGUAGAACAUGCCACAUAAAUUUGGUCAGACUUUAUGGCUUUUGCCACGACCAAUUCAUGAGCGCCCUUGUCUUUGAGUACAUGGACAAUGGGUCAUUAGACAAGUACUUGUUUGGUUCUAAACAAGAAAUUGAAUGGGAAAAAUUGCAUGAAAUUGCAGUUGGGACAGCCAAAGGUAUUGCUUACUUGCACGAGGAAUGCCAACCAAGAAUCAUUCAUUAUGAUAUUAAGCCCGGUAAUAUUCUUGUCGAUGCAAACUUCUCCCCUAAAGUUGCAGAUUUUGGGCUUGCAAAGCUUUGUAACAGGGAUGGAACCCAUGUCAGUGUCUCGGGGUAUAGGGGGACUCCAGGAUACUCGGCACCGGAGUUUAUGUUGAAGAAUCAUCCAAUAACACAUAAAUGUGAUGUUUAUAGCUUUGGGAUGGUAUUGUUUGAGAUAGUUGGGAGGAGGAGGAACACUGGUACUGCUAGUCCUGAUCAUAGCCUAGAUUGGUUCCCAAAACAAGUUUGGGAAGAGCAUGAGAAAAAUGAGUUAGAAGCAAUGACUGUGACUUGUGGAAUUGGAGAGAAGGAUAGGGAGAAAGCAAUAAGAAUGGCUAUGGUUGCUUUGUGGUGUGUUCAGGACUCGCCAGAGGCUCGGCCGCCGAUGAGUGUGGUGGUGAAGAUGUUGGAGGGAGGAGUGGAGAUCAUGCAGCCUCCAAAACCAUUUCAUUAUUUGUAUUCAGUAGCGAUCAAGCCACCUCCAGAAACUAGCAGUACUGCUGGUUCGGAUCAUGACUCAACAACAAGAAGUGGAUCAGGAAGUAAUUCUUAUUGGUACAAGGAUUCUACCCCGCUCAUGACCAAAUAUGAAAUACAAAUAGCUAGUUCUUAAAUAGAAAAAUCUCCAGUUUCCCCAAAUUAAAGUUUGUAUUUUUUCAAUAAAAAGAGUACUUUAUCUUUUCAUUUUAGCUUUUUAUAAAUUUGUGACAUAUAUAUGAGUUUGUAAAGUCUAUGAAGUCAAUAUUACUAGCACUUCGGU